AUGGCUGUGGACCGCUGGGGGUGGGGCCUCGGUGGUGGUCCUGAUGUGCCCCACGCCGCCAAUUCACAGCAUCAACAAGUAGGAUCGACACCGCCAGAGGGCCACAGUAGCCACGGUGGUGUGGGGAAUAAUCACAACAACAAACAGCUCUCUGUCAGCAGCCAGGAAGUUAUUCAACAACAACAAAUUGGAGAGGAACUGGUCAAAGCGUCGCGACAGCAACCAACUCGUUUGGCCUUUGUUUUGGAACUGACGGCCACCCGCGACUGGCGCUGGGAAGGUGUUUUGUGGCGAGGACGUCUCUAUCUGGAGGUCCCGUCGCGUCUCGUCCAGACCGGCUCCAAAGAGGGAUUUGUGGCUCUGUUGGAGUACGCCGAGGAGGAGUUGCAAUGCAGUCACGUCGUAUUGGCCCUGUCGAAAGAGAGGGCUGAUCGGGCCGACGUCAUUCGCACUUUCAUGUUCCUCGGCUUCUCUGUGCUGCCACCGGGCCACCAGCUCGUGCCGGCCAACUCCAACAACCUCUUUCUCGCUUGCAGUCUAGAGUAAAAAGACUAAAAAGAAGAAAAGGAAAAAAGGGGUUUGAAAAAAGCCACCCAUCGUUUAGAAGAAGAGUUCGCAUCAUUUACCACCGCCAUCUACACAGUAGCUCUUACUCCCCUUUCUUUUCUCGUGUUUUUUUUAUUCUUCUUGCACGAGCCUGUAUUUGCUGUUUAUUCGAUGACUUUGAUUAGACCCUGCCCACCUAAACUUUUAAUUAAAAACAUCGCCCUAGUUUCAUUUCUUAAGUGAGUUGUCGGUCCUUAACUUGUUGAAAAAGUUACAAAAAAAGAUUUAAAAUUGCGUCAAAAAAUUACAAAAAAAAAAUAAUUAGAUUAGUCAAAACAUGGUUGUCUUUUUUCUUUGUCUUAUUCUCUUUCGCCUUUUUGUCUUGUCCUCGAAACUUCAUUUUUUAAUUACACCCAUCAAUAUAAUGGGGAUCCAUUCCAUCUUGAUGGAUCAACAUGAAGA